AUGAGGGAUAUGAAGCCGAAAGAAGACUACGAUUUCGUAGAAGACCCUCAGGCCCAAACUGGAUGGAUGCCUGCAUGGAUGGCACCAAAGACGAUCGGCAAUGGACCGACGUGGAAUCGUCAGCCAACAACAGGAGCAUUAGGUGAUAACUUGGUAAAAUUCAAAACCGGCCCAAGGCACGUAACCACAUAG